GCCAGUUUUCUUCCUACUGCUCUUCGGGCGUUUUUCGCUGGAGGCAACGGGACAGGUUAGUCAGUCUGUUUAUACACUUGAUUCGAGUUGGUUUUCAUUAUUUUUUUUCAACGAAGGAGGUCUGACUGACAUCACCGUGGGGCUUAAACAGGUAUCCCUACCACUCUGCCUGGACAGCAAUGCGGAGUACCCUGCUUGUAGCUACGUUAGCUCUGGUCACCCUGGCCCAUGAGCAUGGACUGCCAUGGGAGCUUCCUAACGUGCCGUUCCUGAUGGUGUGGAAUGCUCCUACAAAGCCUUGUAAAGACAUAUAUGAUGUGGACUUGGACCUCAGCUUCUUUGAUAUUGUGCUCAAUCAAAAUCAGAGCUUUAUGGGUAGCAACAUAACCAUCUUUUAUGAGGGUAAGCUGGGCCAUUAUCCUUACUACACCUCAGAGUUUGUGGCAGUGAAUGGUGGUGUUCCCCAGAAUGCUAGCCUGCGGGACCAUCUGUCAAAUGCCACUGUAGACAUACAACGUUACAUCCCUGUCUCCAACUUCACUGGAUUAGCUGUGGUGGAUUGGGAGAGCUGGCGUCCCAUUUGGAAGCGUAAUUGGGAUACAAAAAAAAUGUACUGGGAAGGCUCCUGCAUACUGGUGAGGAAGCAGCACCCUGAGUGGCUCCCUGCCCAGGUGGAAGCAAAGGCUAAGGAAGAGUUUGAAAAUGCUAGCCGAGCCUUCAUGGAGAGAACCCUGCAGCUUGGCCGUACCCAAAGGCCUGGGGGAUGGUGGGGUUUUUAUGGCUUUCCAGAAUGCUACAACUACCAGUACAACAAUAUUUCAGAGAACUAUACAGGGGCCUGCCCUGAUGCAGAGCUCAAGCUGAAUGACCAACUUGUGUGGCUGUGGAACAUCAGCUCAGCGCUGUACCCCCACAUCUACCUGGACCAUAAACUGAAGGGUCGGGGAGCUUGCAUUCAAAAGUUUGUUCAUUUCCGCAUCCUGGAAGCGGAGAGAGUGGCGACACAGGUGGGCUCCAGUGGCAUGCCCAUCCUCCCCUAUGCUCGGAUAGCCUACACCUAUUCACUGGAUUUCCUAUCACUGAAGGAUUUAAUUCACACAAUCGGUGAGAGUGCGGCCCUGGGAUCAGCAGGAGUUGUCCUCUGGGGAGAUGCACACUAUGCACAGUCAAAGGAGGUGUGUGAAUCUAUUAAGGACUACGUGGACAACAUCUUGGGUUCUUACGUCAUUAACGUGACAACUGCAGCGGCCAUAUGCAGCAAGGCGCUGUGUGGUGGUCGUGGCCGCUGCAAGAGAAUCCACAGUGGCUCUUCAGUCUACCUCCACUUGCAUCCUGACCGUUGGAAGAUUCUUUCCAAGCAAGGCCCUCAAAGCAACCAAUUUUUUGUGGUUGGGCAGUCAAGCAAAGCUGACGUUGUAGAAAUGGAGAUGCACUUUACUUGUCAGUGCUACCAGGGGUGGCAUGGCAAGCACUGUAAAAAGCAAAAUCAGUGAGUGCUAUCUACUCGGAGCCAAAGGCUGGCACAUUUGCACUUAUCUCUAAACUUGCUCUUGCACUGGGUGGCAAAAGACUUAAUCUUGUGCUGCACUUUUGGUAUUUUGUCUUUUGGAGAACUUUGAAUUGUUUCCAGCCCCAUUGUAACCCACAACUUGGGUACAGUACUCAAAAUAGGUGCAAUAUUUAGUGGAACACCCAGGAGGCAGCAUCUUGUACCACUCUAGGGCCAAUUGUUGACGGUUUUAAAUGCCAAUUACCAGCUGACGCCCACAUGCUGAAUAUAACAGCAUUUCCAGUUGAGACCCAAUAGUUCCACUGCCCCUUUUAAAAUUUGACUGCCAGGCUGCAAUAAAAUGGCAGUUCCAUUUUAACAACCUUUAUCUGGCAGGGAGAGAGCGAUGCCUCCUGCAAUUUCAUCCACUCAACUUUUUUUGAACACAACAGAAGAAGGAGCAAGUCCCCAUGACACUACACAACCUUUCCAUCGAUUUUUAGUUACACAGUCUUAGUGAGCUAUUGACCAUCGCCCCCCACUCACUCAUAGUGUGAUAUCCCCAGCGACUCAAUUAUAGUGGAGGGAGUCACACAAAUGCCCAUUGAUUGUCUCGUCUUUGUCAUUGAUUGGCUGUAAGUAUGUGUUGACCUUGCUAUACUUUAGCCACGCAAUAGGAAACUAUGCUGAGUAGUCGUGAGGGCAUCAUGUGAUCCAUCCAUCCAGCUCCUAGUCAUGUAGUCCAAUAUCCUCAAUUCAACAAGAUCAUAAACUGCAAUUGUUAAGGCUCUCCAACUAAAAAUUGUGCAGGCUGACACUGGCCCAAGUCACAGAGUUGUGCUUGCUGUUAUUGUGGGUGAAUGGAGCACAGCGAGCUUUUGUUGAGGGCCUUUUAGGAAUUACAAUAAUAUGGCGGGCCUGUGAUGGAGAGCUUAUCGGGUGCAGAGGUUUAACAAAAAUGCACAGUGUUUUAAGACUGGCGUGGUCACCUACAAGGCCACAUGAAAAUUUCAACAGUGGUAAUUUUUGAAUGCCACCCUUAGUAUUCCACUAAGGCUGCCAAUAUGCAAUCCAAUCAAUUCACACAAAAAUUACAUUUUUUUAGUGUUACUUACUUCAUGUUGUCUGUAUUGAUGACCAAAAGAAACAUUUUUAAUCUCAUGUUUUCAUACAGCACAUAAAUAACAAAGCUUCUGAUGGAAUGGGUGCCAAUAGUGACCUACUACUGGACAACAUCAAACAAUAGCAAAACAUCCAUGUUAAAAUCUCACAUUACUCAUGGCACAUAAUCCACAUGUCAACAUAUCCAGUUGUAUGGCUACAAUGUGCAAAACACAUGCAUUUUUGAUAAAAUAUUAUUAAAUGAAUACCUCUGGAAAAUGAAAGUAGUCCACGAACAGGAAGCCCCUUCACAUAGAUCGUGCUUUUGAUUUGAAGACCUACCUCUUCCCCGUCAUCCACUGGUCAAGAUUCUGGUCUUCAAUUCAAACGUGUGCUGAUUUUCUCAGAUGGGGGUUGGGACUGAGCUGGCUUGACGUUGCAUAUGUGUAGGUGUGCCAUUGUGGUUUGGAGGCUGUCUUACCUGCCGAAUGAAGGGGGUCUCUCUUGCUCCUUGGGAUGAGAUGACUUCUCUAUAAUGCUAUGGAGUGAAACAGACACAACAGUUUAUACACGUGGAAGCACUUGGUGACAAUGACCUUAUGUAAACAUGUAGGCUGAAAGGUCUCUAAAUCAAGUGGCUUUCCACAUGAUCCUGAAGCUCACUGGUGAAAUACGAAGCAAAGCUUCACAGGCAGGAAGUGGGCUUUAUCUUUUGAUCCCACAGCUGUAAAGUCAGGGAGCCUUGGCUGUUCACACAACUUCAUUCACGCAAACAGUUUGGCUAGUCAUUAUAGCAACACUUUCUGAUGACCCAAUCCCCCAUCCCUGUGACCCCCCCCCAUCCCCCUCUCCCCAAAUUUGUUUUUUCUGCUUAAAAUAAUUUUUGGGGGGGGGGGGGGGGGGAAUCUAUUCACGUGUAGACCAUUAUGUUUUGAAAGUGGACCUAAACUGUUAACAGUCCCAACAGUUUCUUUUAAAAGCAAGGAUUCUCAAAGUAUUCUGGACCAACAACCACUUUGUUAAAGUCAAAGACAGUCACUUCUUAAUACAUUUCAUGCUACAACUACGGCAUUUACAUUAUUACACCUACUAAUGUGAAAAAUAUGUUCUUUGAAAUCCGAUAGUGCUGGAUGUCAGCAUGUGUCCCAUAAUAACCCAACGGACAUAGGCAGCCAGCAGCAUUCAUGCACUGUAAGUGCCGUCCCACAGACUGUCCAGCAGACCCUCAGAGUUCCAUAUGAUGGCCAAAACUGGUCAGACGGGUGAGCGCCUGCAAGUCUGUACUUGGGAGAGGGAAGGAGCAAUCACUAAACAGCAGCAGGACAGGAAGGAGUGGAGUGGAUCACAAGUAAAUGCUGGCACCUGUGGCUAUAGUGACAGGAAGUUCAUGAAGGAGGGUGGCAGUCUGUAACACACUAACAUAUUUAAGUGAUUUACAUGACCACCUGCAUAACACUUGACUUGCACUUUAAGAACACACUCAGAGAACUCCUCAUUUAAAGCACACACAAUGCAUUGAACACACACUGCUUGCAAUUCUCAUCUUGUACAAGUUGAACUCUUAGGCAGACAUCACUUGCAGCUUUAAAAAUAUAGAGUGUUGUGCUCCGAUUGUGAUGACCAGGUCAUGUCUCAGCUGCCCUGCCAUACAGUAGCUUUUACUACAUUAAGACAUACUUUUUAUUCCUCUUGCCGCCAUACUCGCUUAUCAAGUAGCUGCUCUAUCGCGCAAAUGCCGUUUUCACUAAAAAAGUUGAAAGCCUGCUCUAAGUGUUGAUCAUAUUUCUUCCCAUUGCAAAAUACUGCCAAAUAUGUUUGCUGUUGUUAAAAGUACAGUUGGUUCCAUCCAGGCUCCAUCAAUCCAGGAAUGGUCGCUUAAGUCUGUCACAUGCCACCAUGACUAGUUCCCAGGAUGUCCACGACUGCACAAUCUAAUGUUGUUAAAAACGAAAAUCCAAUGUGCGUCACAAUAAUAGAAAAGGGUACUAGCCAUCCAUUUAGUACACAAGUACCCUGUGUUCUUAGACAUUAUCCACCGUAUAGUUUUAGUUAUAUUAUUUUGUUACAGUGUAUCAUUUUCAGUCUGCUGGUUAAUAAAUUUUAAAUGAUCAUAUAUCA